UCGCCACUGUGUGCCUGUCUAGAUGAGGCAGCCACUAUCACCAGACGGGAGUUUUUUUGUUUUGUAUUCAUGUGUGUGUGGUGGGGGGGGGGGGGGUGGGGGGGUGGGGAGAGUUUGUUGUGAAUGUGUUCAAGGAGGAGAUUUGUGUGUUUUUUUUUAAUUUGGCGAGGGGGGUGGAGAGUAGAGGAGAGAGAGGGAGGGAGAGGGUUUGAAAAGAGACGCUCUUUGGAAAAUAAAAGGAGAAUAAUACCAGAGGACUUUUUUUUUUUUUCAAGGGGCAUUCAUUGAUAGUCCGCUCUUUUCAAAAGCAAUUUUUUUUUUUUUAAAGAAGAGAUACAUAUAUAUAGGAAGUUUGCAGUCCAGUCGUGCAUGCAAGAAUCGGUGGAAUAUAUUGCUGUGUGCGGCCCGUUCUCCCUCUCAGAUCUACGAAGUGCAACGAAGGCGAGACAUUAGGCAUGAUUUGCAAAAGGAUUUCAAUCUUUGCUUUGCUGUGCCUUCUCCUGCGAGACCAGCUCUCCCUGGCGUCGGGGCAGUUCGAGUUGCAGAUGAACCAGAUGCAGAACGUUAACGGGGAGUUGCAGAAUGGGAAUUGUUGCGAAGGCGGCAGCAGGAACCCCCAGGACCGCAAGUGUGUGCGGGCUCAGUGCGACACCUUCUUCCGAGUGUGCCUGAAGGAGUACCAGGCGCGGGUGUCGCCCGGCGGUCCCUGCAGCUACGGCUUCUCCUCCACGCCGGUCAUCAAGGGCAACACCUUCAACCUCAAGGCGGCGGCGGCCAGUGGCAGCGGCAGCAACAGCGGCAGCGAACGCAGGAUCAUGUUGCCCUUCAGCUUCGCCUGGCCGAGGUCGUAUACUUUGAUCGUGGAAGCCUGUGACUACAAUAAUGAUACCGGUCAAGGAGAUACGAUAGAGAAGGCAGUCUACUCUGGCAUGAUCAACCCAAGUCACCAAUGGCAGACAAUGAGACAUAAUGGGGCAGUGGCGCACUUUGAGUACCAGAUUCGCGUGAUGUGUGAUGAAUAUUACUACGGCUUUGGAUGUAACAAGUUUUGUAGGCCGAGGGAUGAUUUCUUUGGGCAUUACACCUGCGACCACAAUGGCAAUAAGACUUGCCUGGAAGGAUGGAUGGGAAUCGACUGCAACAGAGCUAUCUGUCGUCAGGGCUGCAGUCCUGAACAUGGCUCCUGUAAAUCACCUGGGAAUUGCAGGUGUCAAUAUGGCUGGCAAGGACUUUACUGUGACAAAUGUAUUUCACACCCAGGGUGUGUCUAUGGUACCUGUAUCGAACCGUGGCAAUGUCUUUGCGAGACCAAUUGGGGUGGUCAACUCUGCAACAAAGACCUGAACUACUGUGGGACGUGGCAGCCAUGUUUGAACAGUGGGACUUGCAGCAACACUGGCCCUGACAAGUACCAGUGCACCUGCUCCGAUGGCUACUCUGGGCUGAAGUGUGAGAUCGCCGAACAUGCCUGCAUCUCCGACCCCUGCCUUAACGGAGGAAGUUGUUCAGAAACCCCGGUGGGAUUCGAGUGCCUGUGCAACCUCGGAUGGAGUGGUCCCACCUGCACUAUCGAUAUCGAUGACUGUGCCUCAAGCCCUUGUGCCCACGGCGGUUCGUGCCAGGAUAAGAUCGAUGGUUUUAAAUGCAUCUGCCCACAGCAGUGGACGGGCAAAACAUGCCAGUUAGAUGCCAACGAGUGCGAGGGAGAGCCCUGUGCGAACGCUGAUUCCUGCCGCAAUCUCAUCGGUGACUAUUACUGCAACUGUGUACCCGGGUGGUCUGGCAAAAACUGCGAGUUAGACAUCAAUGACUGUCACGAGCAGUGCCAAAAUGGUGGAAUUUGCAAGGAUUUGGUCAAUGGAUACAGCUGCACCUGUGUGUCGGGCUUUGCGGGCUCCAACUGUGAGAAGGACAUCAAUGAAUGUGAAAGCACCCCCUGUCUCAACGGUGGUUACUGUCAGGAUGAAGUCAGUGGAUUCCAGUGUCUCUGCCCUGCUGGUUUCUCUGGGAGCUUGUGUCAGCUGGAUGUUGAUUACUGUGAGCCUAACCCGUGCUGGAAUGGGGCUCAGUGCUUCAAUCUGGCCAGCGACUACUUCUGCAGCUGCCCAGAAGACUACGAGGGGAAGAAUUGUUCCCAUCUGAAAGACCACUGUCGGACCACUCCCUGUGAAGUCAUCGACAGCUGCACCGUGUCCGUGGCCUCCAACAGCACGCCCGACGGCAUCCGCUACAUCUCCUCCAAUGUGUGCGGGCCCCACGGCAAGUGCAGGAGCCAGGCCGGAGGGAGGUUCACCUGCGAGUGCGGCCAGGGCUUCACUGGCGCGUACUGUCACGAAAAUAUUAAUGAUUGUGAGAGUGACCCGUGUAAAAACGGUGGGACUUGCAUUGACGGUGUCAACUUCUACCAGUGUAUCUGCCGUGAGGGAUGGGAAGGUGUUCUAUGCCAGUUUGAUAUCAAUGACUGCAGUGUAAACCCGUGCCAGAACGGAGGCAAGUGCCAGGAUCUGGUCAACGACUUCUACUGCGAAUGCCAGAAUGAUUGGAAAGGAAAAACCUGCCAUUCACGGGACAGUCAAUGCGACGAGGCGACCUGCAACAAUGGCGGCACCUGCUACGACGAGGGCGACACGUUUAAAUGCAUGUGUCCUCUGGGCUGGGAUGGAGCCACGUGCAACAUCGCUCGCAAUAGCAGCUGCCUGCCAAACCCUUGCGAGAAUGGUGGCACGUGCGUGGUGAAUGGGGACUCCUACACCUGCGUCUGUAAGGAAGGCUGGGAAGGAAUCACAUGCUCUCAGAAUACAAAUGACUGCAAUCCACACCCAUGUUACAACAGUGGGACCUGUGUGGACGGGGAGAACUGGUAUCGGUGUGAAUGUGCUCCUGGCUUUGCCGGACCUGAUUGCCGGAUAAACAUCAAUGAAUGCCAGUCCUCACCUUGUGCCUAUGGAGCCACCUGUGUGGAUGAAAUCAAUGGCUUUCGAUGUAUUUGCCCACCUGGGCAAAGUGGCUUCAGGUGUCAAGAAGUUACCGGAAGAGCUUGCAUCCUGAAGGAUAGCGUUGUGUCGCAUGGAGCCAAGUGGGAAGAGGACUGCAACGGGUGCCAAUGUCACAAUGGCAGGAUUGCGUGUACAAAGAUGUGGUGCGGCCCGAAGUCGUGCCAGGUGCGAGGGAAAGGCCGCGGCGCGGGAGAGUGCCCGGCGUGGCAGACGUGCCUGCCCGUGCGGGAGGACCACUGCUUCGUGCCGCCGUGCGUGGGCCAGGGGGAGUGUACCUCCAGUCGCCCGGCCACCAAACACCCCUGCCAGCCCAACACCGACUACCUGGACAGCACCUGUGCCAAGAUCACGCUGACUGUGAACAAGGAGAUGUUGCGGCAGGGUGUAACUAUCGAACAGAUCUGUGUGGAGCUGCGCAACCUGCAGAUUCUGCGCAACCUGUCGGUGGAAUAUUCGCUCUACCUGGUCUGCGAGCAGACCCAGUCUGCCAACGAGAUCAACGUGGCGAUAUCGGUGGAAAAUUUGCAGCAGGGAACUAAUCCGAUCAAGGAUUUGACGGAGAGAAUCACUGACGUCAUCAGUAAACGCGACGGGAACAACACGAUUCUGGCGGCGAUCGCAGAAGUCCGCGUACAGACCUUGCACGAACCGCUCAAGCCAGCAGAUUUCCUGGUGCCGCUGCUGAGCUCGGUGAUCACGGUAGUGUGGAUCUGCUGCUUCGUCAUGCUGUUCUUCUGGUGGAUCCGGAGGCGCCGCAAGCCCGCCAGCCCCACGCCCACGCCGGCGGACGACACCACCAACAACGUGCGCGAGCAGCUCCACCAGAUCAAGAACCCCAUCGAGAAGCACGUGGGGCCCGCCGCGGCCCCCGCCGGCAAGGACUACGACAACAAAAACUGUAAAAUUGCCAAAAUAAGGACGCACAACUCCGACCUGGAGGAGACGGACGCGGACAAGCACCAGCAGAAGGCCAGGUUUUCCAAGCAGUCCGCCUACACGCUGGUGGACCGGGACGAGAAGGCUGUGCAGGGCACUCCGACCAAAAACCCCAACUGGACAAACAAGCAAGACAACAGAGACUUGGAAAGUGCGCAGAGCUUGAGUCACAUGGAGUAUAUUGUAUAGCAGUCGGCGACGCAGCGCUAUUUAAUAACACGGCCUUGUUGCUUCCCCCUGAAGGCUCGCUCACGGCUCCCAACUUGUUGUGUGAUGUUAUGUAGCGGGUAUUGUCUGCAAAAGUAAACUCCCCUCCCCGCCCCUGUGUGCUUUCCAGUCGAGUCCCCCACUGACUUCCACUGACACUGGGCAUUGCUACGUUUGUCUUAAACAACCAGCGCUGCAUCUCACAUCUAUGCAAAACUAGUCGAGGGCCCCGGUGUGCGUUCAGUUCCAGUUGCAGCCCUUUGCUUUGUGAACCAAGUUGCAGUUAAUCCAGUCUAAUCACAAUUCCACUCCCCCCUGCAAAGACCCCAAUCUAGUGCAGCCGUUUGUCCCCUCUCCCUCCCCCCCCCCGACUUAAUUUAAAGAUGGUGAACUUUUUAUUUAUUUUUUACUGGCUUAAAAGUUUUCUCAGUAUUGUUAAGUUAUGUACAGUAGGUUUUGACUUUGUUAGUCUUAGUUCUGUAUUUUUGAAAGUGCCUUUGAUGCUGGAGACCGCAGCAGCAGCAAUCAUCGAAAUCCAAGAUGAUACUUUUUUUGUUUGAGAGGGGCGGGGGGGGGGGGGAAGUCGUCAAGAUGCUGUUCAAAUGAAGAAUUUAAUAAGAGGCCAAGUGUUUAUGAUUUUUCUUUUUUGUAUAAAAUGUAAAUACUUUUUUUUAAUUAAUCACUGUGUAUAUUUGAUUUAAUAACUUAAGUAAUCAAGAGCCUUAAAUACCAUUCCUUUUAUUUAUAUGUAUGUUUAGAGUUGAAGGUUUUCGAUAGCUUUGUAAGCUUUACGGCUCCCUAUUUUUUUUCUUUUGUUGAAUCUUUCCUGUGUGUUUCAGUGAUGUUGCUUACAUGCCAAAUUCGAGGUGUGCUCCAUUUGCAGAAUAGAUUAUUUUUUAACACUAGAACUGGCCACGUGCCUUGGAACUGUCUUCGUACAAUGUCAAACAUUUUGGAUCAAUUUCUAUCGUAUCACUACAAGCUUUUUUUUUUUUUUUGGCCAAGAACUCCCCCCCCCCCCCCCCCCCCCCCCCCGUACGCAACAUUCGGGAGGCAUGCGGAGAGCAUUAGUCUAGAAUGCUUUUGAUUAAAUGCUGCUUAAGACUUUAAAACAUUGGAGUGACGGGGCGGGAGAAGCCUGCGACAAAAUACAAAAUGUAAGGGAACAAAUUAACCUAUUUACUUUUUGUGUAUCUGAUGUGUGAGUGGUUGCAUGUACUUUAAAAAAAAAAAUUAAAAAUGGAAAAAAAAAAUGGUAUAUCUCCUAGAUAGUGUAUUUGAGCUCACAGCACAGCGACAUUGUUUUUGUAAAUCCCAAUCAUUCUUCUCCUAGGAUAUAAUAUUGAACCACUUUGUAGAUUUGAUUUUUGUGAUAACAUACUUGCAUUUAGGAAGUCUUCUAUUAAUUAAGCUAGCUGUUGAAUGCUUGAAUGGUAGAUUUCGGCAAUGAGAUCACCGCGUGGAUUCUCGUCACACAGACGUGCCCUCCCUAAGGAAUUCGGGAGCUCUGGAUUAAACACUUGUGCCGGGCUCUGGGAAGGGAAGGCUCUUAAACCAACAAGGUGAUCUCGUCGGUGAAAUCUUGGUCAUGUUUUCUUGCGUCUUUUGACAUUAGUGUUAUAUGAACAUGCGGGGGCACCUUACUGUUGCUCCUGGCAAUACAUUUUGGAAAUUAAUAUUUAUUAAAUAUUUUGAUACAACAAUGUGUUACGGUUGCCUGCUUUCUUUUUUGGAGGGGGGGGGGUCGGAGAAAAAAAAAUGUGCAUGCAUUUCUGAAACGUGAAAGUAAUUGGCUCUAAAGAUUCACCCCUCUUGACUGAUCCAAUAUUACACGACGCGGGAAGGAACUGCAGACACUGGUUUAUACAGAAGAUGGAUUCAGAAUGCUGGAGUAACUCAGCGGGUCAGGCAGCAUAGACAUUCAGUGUGAAGAAGGGUCUCGACCCGAAACCAUUUUCUCCAGAGAUGCUGCCUGUCCCGCAGAGCUACUCCAGCAUUUUGUGUCUAUCAUUGGGAAAGUAUUUUUAGUUAGGUUUAUGAAAUAAUGUUGGUUACCCCAGUGUGUGUGUGUGUGCGCAUUGUACUGUCGAACGCUGUCUCCUAUCAUAGAUGAGUCACUCGAUGUUUUCAAACGAGAAUAUGCCUUAAGUUCUGGGACAUUAGAAUCGAGCUUUGUCCUGUAAAAAUCAGCUCCUUUUUACAAUGAUCAUUCGCAGUAAUCUUGUCACCACAACCCCCUUCCCUUCGCAUUCCACUGCACUUGGCGAUCUUUAUUUGCCACAGGUUGAUCUUCUGACCAAAGUAAGAUCGGAGCGUGUUUGUAAAGUCGAGAUGCUGCUGUUAUUCGGGCCGAUCCUCAACGCCGUCUGCUAGUUCUAGUCUAUGCGAUGUAAUACCCCGUUUACAAGCCAGCUCUCCCCGUCGCCUGUAGGCGCAUAUGUUUUGUCCGACACUUGUAUGCUACUCUGCCGUUCUGGUUUUUUCAGGCUCGUUCCCAAUUUGUUUGCGCAGUCACUACAUGACAAAGAGUGUUUAAUUUUGUACAUGUCUGUAUGAUUUCUCUUUCCUUGUGCCCAUUUUUCAGAAAAUCCCAAUAAAAGUUUUGAACGGAAAAAUUCUGAUUCCAUGCAAGACGUUUCUCAAACCUA